AUGGACUGGGAGGCACUGGGAGCAGCCUCCGAGGGCAGCUACGGGGAGAGCGGCAUCAACGCCUUCCUGCAGAGCUCCCACGAGUCCCUCCCAGCCCCCCUCCGCCCCCUCCCAGUCCAUCCCAGUCCAUCCCAGUCCAUCCCAGUGUCCCCGUGUUCCGGCAGCCGUGUGCUGGAGGCGGCGACGCGCGCCAACCUGUCGGGGCACUUUGCGUGGGUGGGCUCAGACAGCUGGGGCGCCAAGCUGGGCCCGGUGCAGGGACUGGAGGGGGCGGCCCACGGCGCCAUCACCAUCCUGCCCAAGCGCGCCUCCGUGCCCGGUUUCGACGAGUACUUCACGUCGCGCUCCCUGGAGAACAACCGCCGCAACCUCUGGUUCCACGAGUUCUGGGAGGAGGACUUCAACUGCCACCUGCCCCACAGCGCGCCCCACGGCGCGCCCCACGGCGCCGCCGGCCCCAUGCGCAAGUGCACAGGUAACCCCACUGCCUGCCCCAUAGCGCCCCACUACCUGCCCCAUAGCACACGUGGCUGCCCCACAGCACCCUUAUCCACCACACAGCACUCCUGUCUGCCCCAUAGCGCCCACAUCUGCCCCAUAGCGAUCCUGUCUGCCCCAUAGCGAUCCUGUCUGCCCCAUAGUGCCCACAUCUGCCCCAUAGAGAUCCUGUCUGCAACAUAGCGCCCUCAUCUGCCCCAUAGUGAUCCUGUCUGCCCCAUAGCGAUCCUGUCUGCCCCAUAGCAAUCUUGUCUGCAACAUAGCGCCCACAUCUGCCCCAUAGCGAUCCUGUCUGCCCCAUAGCGCCCUCAUCUGCCCCAUAGCGAUCCUGUCUGCCC